AUGUCUUCAGCAGAACACGCUACCCGUCCAAUGUGUGCUUGGUGUAAAACCCAAAUGGAUAGCAGAUACAAAAAGGUCCAUGGCGUUGGUAUUCUUUGUACUAGCCAAUGCCACAACUUUUGCCUCCAUGGACCAAUGAACUGCCGCCGACGCCGCCAACAAGGCAAUACUACUACUAGUAUCCUCCACCAAGCACCAACAAGAUUCCAUGCCGACAUGGACAGUUUGGUACUCAAAAUUCAAACCGAAACUGCCAUGCAUCCUCUCAGUCACAUGGAACUGGAUUUCUGGGUUUGGGCGCAAGGAAAUAAUGUCUUGCAGCAAGGACCAGAAAAGGUUUUGGAGUGUUGCAUUGGUCACAAACUCAAAAAUGUGUUUGACCAAAUGCCCAACAAGACCAUUCUACUUUCAGGCAAUAAUAGCAGCAAUAACAAUUCGAUUGACUUUGACUUGUUCCAAAAGGUUUGCCAAUACAUUCCUCCAACCAAGAUGAUGAUCAAGAUGAUCCAACCACCACCACCACCGCCACCACAAUCCUGCGAUCAUCACGACACUCAAGAACAAAUGACAAGAAUGAGAAAGGGAUGUACUUUCGCCAUGUUGGCCGUACGAGACUACUUGUUUCACCCCAAACAACAAGGCCAAAGGUUUGCCUAUACUUUGGGACACGGCAGCGAGCCAUUGGACAAGGAAGUUUCGAGUCUCAUUCUCAACUACAUGAUGGUGGAUGGAAAUCAUACCUAA